ACGACCAAAACUUGACAUCUUAAUGCUCUCUCUCUAUCUACUCCUUAUAUUCUUUCUUCCACCAUUCAAGCAAUCCUUAGACUUUCGUUUACUCCACAAUCUACCCAAGAAUCACUGGUUUAAAUUAACACAGGCUCUUUCCACUCUGCUCCACGCUCUAUUUCAAUGGACUCUGCGCGCGCUUUGCACUGCUAUUCUGUUGCCAAUGCCAAAUUUGCAUACACGGGCCGCCAUAUCUCGACCAGGGGCGUCUGGAAAUUGAAAUCCAGUGAACCCAGAUUGAUAUUUGAGUCCCAAAGACUCACUGGCUCCAUUUUAUGCCGACCCACUAGAUCCUCUGGAGUCAUAUGUGGUGCAUCUUCUGUUGAAACCAGUGAGAUGAGAGGAGAAAAGAACAGCCGGUCUAGAUCAGCUCAUGAAAAGGUUAAGGUAAAGAUAUGGAUUGAUCGCCAAGUUGAAUAUGGUGAGCAUAUUGCAAUUCUUGGAUCAACAAAAGAACUGGGUUUGUGGAAGAAGAAUGUGGUGAUGGGCUGGACAGAAAAAGGUUGGGUCUUGGAAUUGGAACUAAAGGGGGGUGAGCCUGUAGACUUCAAAUUUGUAAUUGUGGGAAAGCAUAAGAAUCUACUUUGGGAAAUGGGGGAUAACCGGGUCUUGAAGCUUCCAAGAGCAGGAACUUUUGAGAUUGUUUGCCAAUGGAACAUGACAUCUGAGCCUCUUGAAUUGUUGCCCUUGGGGUUGGAACAGGAAUAUAAAGCAGAUAAGCCGAGUGGACAUAUAUCUUCAAUUACUGAAGAUCAUACUGUGACGAAUGUUCCAGUGAGUGCAUUUGUGGAACAGUGGCAAGGGAAGGCUGCUUCCUUUGUACGUUCAAAGGAUCAGCUGGACUUGGAAAAGGAUAGGAAGUGGGACACAUCAGGGCUUUCAGGGAUUCCUUUAAAGCUAGUGGAAAGCGACAAGAAUUCUCGAAAUUGGUGGCGAAAGCUUGAAGUUGUGUGUGAUCUAAUUGCGGGGAAUGCCAAAAGUGCAUACCGCUUGGAGGCUCUUACAUAUUCAGCUAUCUAUAUGAAGUGGAUAAACACAGGGCAGAUUCCUUGCUUUGAAGAUGGGGGCCAUCAUAGACCAAAUAGGCAUGCUGACAUCUCUAGGCUCAUAUUCUGUGAACUAGAAAGAAUCAUGGGCAGGACAGAUACAUCACUUCAGGAAGUACUUAUAAUCCGUAAAAUUCAUCCAUGUUUGCCUUCCUUUAAAGCUGAGUUUACUGCAGCUGUCCCCUUGACAAGAAUCAGGGAUAUUGCUCAUAGAAAUGACAUCCCUCAUGACCUUAAGCAAGAAAUCAAACAUACAAUACAGAACAAGCUUCAUCGCAAUGCUGGCCCUGAAGAUUUAGUUGCAACUGAGCUAAUGCUUGAAAGGAUAACUAGAAACCCCCGAGAAUAUAGUGAAGCUUUUAUAGAACAGUUCAGGAUAUUCCAUCAUGAAUUAAAAGAUUUCUUCAAUGCUGCAAGCCUUGAAGAACAAUUGGAAUCUAUAAGGGAAUCAUUGGAUGAAAGGGGCCUAUCAAUUCUUUCAUUGUUCUCCGAGUCUAAAAAGGCCUUGGAUAAAGUGGGUGAAAUAAGUAAUGAUUCUCAUGAUGGAGUAAUUUUACUGCUGGUCAAUGCAUUACAAUCUUUAUGUGCUCUCCGUGAGGUACUGGUUAAGGGUCUUGAAAGUGGCCUUAGAAAUGAUGCACCUGAUUCCGCAAUUGCAAUGCGCCAAAAGUGGCGCCUUUCUGAGGUCGGGCUAGAAGACUAUGCAUUUGUGCUUAUGAGCAGGUUUAUUAACGCACUCGAAGCUCUGGGAGGAGCGAAUUGGCACGUAGAAAAUGUGGGCCCAACAAAUAGCAUCAUGUGGAAUGAGGCAAUUGCAGGUCUUAUAGUUGGCAUUCACCAACUUGGCCUGUCUGGUUGGAAGUCAGAGGAAUGCAAAGCAAUUACAAAUGAGCUUUUUUCUUGGAAAGAGAUGGGCUUUUUAGAUACGGAAGGUGAUGAAGAUGGUAAGUCGAUUUGGGCACUUAGACUUAAAGCCACUCUUGACAGAUGUAGGAGGCUGACGGAAGAGUACUCUGAGGCACUACUUCUGUUAUUACCAGAGAAAGUCCAGAUUUUAGGCAAAGCUUUGGGAGUCCCUGAGAAUAGUGUGAGAACGUACACAGAAGCUGAAAUCCGUGCUGGAGUGGUUUUUCAGGUUUCAAAGUUGUGUACCCUACUUCUAAAGUCUGUCAGAAGAGUGCUUGGGUCCCAUGGGUGGGAUGUCCUCGUUUCUGGAGAUUCGUAUGGAAUGUUGGUACAGGUUGAUAGAGUUGUCCCAGGUUCACUGCCAUCAUCUGCAACUGGACCUGUUAUCCUUGUCGUCAACAAGGCUGACGGGGAUGAAGAGGUAUCAACUGUUGGGAGUAAUAUAGCUGGCAUCAUACUUCUGCAAGAGUUGCCUCAUCUAUCUCAUCUGGGGGUUAGGGCCCGCCAGGAAAAGGUAGCAUUUGUGACUUGCGAAGAUGAAGAUGAAGUUGUGAAUUUGCAAAGACUGAUUGGAGAAUAUGUCAGGCUAGAGGCGUCAUCAACAGGUGUGAAGUUAACCCCCUCAUCACAAGAGAACAGCACCAGCUUCUUCACAGAAGAUUCAUUUAAAAAUGGGGCUGCGGUGGAGACCAGUUCUUCAGCGGUUAUUCCCUCUUUUCCAGAACAGGUAGAUGCUACUAGAGGUGUUUUGUCGCUUGCUGAUGCGGAUAUACAAAGUUCUGGGGCAAAAGCUGUUGCCUGCGCUCAUUUAGCCUCUUUGGCAUUGGCUUCUCAGAAAGUUUACAGCGAUCUAGGGGUCCCAGCUUCAUUUAAAGUGCCUGCCGGAGCUGUUAUACCCUUUGGCUGCAUGGAGAUGGCUCUUGAGCAAAGCAGUUCCAUGGGAACAUUUGAGUCUCUAGUGGAGCAGAUACAAACAGCUCAAGUGGAGGGCGGUGAACUUGAUCGACUAUGUAAUGAACUCCAGAAACUGAUCUCUUCACUAAAGCCUCCGAAAAACAUCAUAGAAACCUUGGGAAGAAUGUUUCCUGGGAACACAAGGCUGAUCGUGCGCUCCAGUGCUAAUGUCGAGGACCUGGCUGGGAUGUCCGCUGCCGGCCUAUAUGAAUCAAUUCCCAAUGUCAGCCCUUCAAGUCCUAGUGUGUUUGGGAGUUGUGUAGCCCGUGUUUGGGCCUCACUUUACACCCGUAGGGCAGUUUUGAGUCGCAGAGCUGCUGGGGUACCCCAAAAGGAUGCUGCCAUGGCUGUACUGGUGCAAGAAAUGCUCUCCCCAGACCUUUCUUUUGUGCUCCACACCCUAAGCCCCACGGACCGCGACCAUAACUCCGUGGAGGCAGAAAUCGCGCCAGGACUAGGGGAAACUCUUGCAUCUGGCACAAGGGGCACACCCUGGCGCCUCUCAAGUGGGAAGUUUGAUGGCAAGGUCAAGACAUUGGCAUUUGCCAAUUUCAGUCAGGAGCUGGUUGUGCAUGACUCUGGGUCACCGGAUGGAGAAGUCGUUCGUCUCACUGUGGAUUACAGCAAGAAGCCACUGACGGUGGACCCCAUUUUUAGGGGGCAGCUCGGGCAGCGACUCGGAACGGUUGGUUUCUUCCUGGAGCGCAAGUUCGGUUGCCCUCAAGAUGUCGAAGGGUGUUUGGUAGGAAAUGAAGUAUAUAUUGUCCAAUCUCGCCCUCAACCGCUCUAAGAAGAGCGUUUUACGUGCUCUCCUCUUGUAAUAUAUGGUGCUUGGAUUUUGCUUCAUUUGUUCUUUUGGUUGUGUGUGUUUUAUUACUGUGAUUUAUGAGGUGUAUAUAAAUGCAAAGUGAGUGAAUGUAUAAAUCACCAAAUGAAAGAUGACCUCAUGAGAGCCUGUUCAUCUUAAGCAACUGUUAAUAAGGGGCAUUUGAUGAGUAAUUAUUUAUUGAGUAAAUUCCAUAAAAGGUCUCCAGUUAU